GAAGGAAUUGCAAACAUGUUCUUUUUCGAUUCAUCUUGCAAGCUGCCGUAGCGAUACAUUGUCUCUUUGUGAAUUAUAGUCGUGUAUUAACGCGUGUAUCUUCUUUAUCGUCCACUUUAAUUUGUUAAACCAAGAAACCAGGAAGUUUGUUAGGAGAACCUCGGUUAGAACAUGGCUGAAGAAGUGGAAUUAGAUCUGUUGGUCAGCCUGCUGGAUGUUGGUGGAAAACAGCAUGUUUUACAACUCUUCAACCGGGUGUACGGACAAAACAAACAGUACUUCAAACUUGUAGCUGGUGCAGGAGGUCCACUGCUCUUUGUUGACAAUCACUGCUCUCUUAUCAAGCGAGGAAAGGAGAACAGGAUUGUUAUCUCGGUACCCUUCAUGGUGUGCCGUGAUGAGGACUGUAAGUGUGGCGCGUUCCACGUGUGUACACACUGGCCUAGCAAGAUCAGCACGUGCAAGACGUGUAGACAGAACAUCAGUAAAAACCCGGACAAUGCUGUCAUUUACAAGAAAUAUCCUUUGUUGCAGAAACUCAGUCCCAUACUUCUGAAACGUCUCCUGAAAUACACAAAGUUCAUUAUCCGGCCGGAAACUCCGAUCUUGUUCGAGAAGUGCACCCCGGAUCAGUUGAGAUUUCCGCAGGUUUGUGAAUAUUACAACAGUGACACAGGAUGUCUUGGACCUUGUCUCUUUUUCCAUCUGUGCAAGAAGUUCGCAUCUGGACACUGUAAGAAUUUUGAUGCCUCCUGUUCCCACUCCCAUGAUAUGAAUUCCAAGCAUAAUCGGAAGAUAGUCGAUACUUGUGGGGGCCUACGCAUGGACUCAAAAGCCCUCCUUCAAGUUAUCAACUCUCAGACUUCAGUGACAGCCAUUGCUAUGAACAUGCUGCAAAAUGACACGAAAAUACACAACCACGAUUGUGAGAUUUGUGUGUGGAACUUGGUGGGAAAGUGUGGUAAAAGUGACUCGUGUCCAUUUCACCACAUAAACUUGCCGUUCUGGUGGCAAUACAUGACAGAAGAUGCUACUUGGGACAACUGGGACAGGGAUAGUGUCCUGAUCCUGGAGAAAGCUUACUGUAAUCCUAUUAUUAGGACAGUGGAGAUCAAGAUUAAUGGCAGUAUUGCUAUCAUAGACUUCCCUACUAUGACUAUGAUGGAUGGAGAUUUCCGGAUACGGCGUAUGUCCACGGGUCCAGUACAUGGAGGACGACACCUGGGCUCCCUGGCAACUGCCUACCACUGGCACUGGGAGGAGAUGGAUAACGUGUGGCAUGAGUUCCCGUCCUGUGUAACUCAAGGUAAACACACUCCUCAACUUGAGUUGCCAAGUCACGUGAUAGAGACAGCCUAUCUUAACGGGAGUGAGAAACAGCAUUUCAAGAUAUCAGACUCUGAUUUUGUGCUAUUGUUCGGGGGGAUGCAGAUGAAGGAGGAUAAUUGCAGAAACAUCAGGAAGAUUUGCAGGAGACCCAUACACCGCUCUGUACCGAGAUGUGCGGGAAUUGUGACAGGCAAGGAGGAUCCAGAUCACGAAUACCACACUUGUGUCAGGGAGGCCACUAAAGAUGAGCAGGAGUUUGUCAUGUCAUGUCUAAAAUCAGAUGAAAAUCCAACGAAGAUCCAAUCUGUGUCCUCUAACUUGUUAGAUAAACAGUUCUCAAAAAGGCUGAAAGAAAACAAAACCCUACACUUGUUCCACCCUGCUGUGGGGACCGACCUCACGGCUGUAGCCCAACAUGGUCUCCUCCUGAACGACACACCUCCUCUUAUGAAGAAGUACGGAACUGGUCUCCACUUGGCACGUGACGAAUCAUACGCUCUCCACUUCUCGCAGUCACGUGAUAUCGUGCUGUGUGAGGUGGUGGUGGCGAAUUACUGUAGAGGUAAACCAGGGGACACAAAGCCGCCCGUAUCAGAGGAUGGGAGUCCUUAUCAGUCUUGUGUAAACAAUGUAGCGGAUCCUGAAGUGUUUGUUUUGUAUGAUGUUAUGUGCGUUAGACCUAAAUUCUGGGUCACUUUUUGAUGAACGACUGAUUAUAUAAUGGAAUCGGGGACGUGCUCGUAAGAUUUUGAAUCUUAAAAAUAAGAAAAUAGAUUGAGGGUUAGGUACAAUUUGAAGCUGAAAUUAACUGAAGAAUAAUUCAUGAUUUUGUAUUUUGUACAGAGCUAAAAUCUCUCAUGGUAUAACUUUAUUAAUGUUUAAUGAGUUUUGUCAAGCUGUGUCAUUUGAAAUCUUAAAAGCUCUUA